AAAGGACCUUUGCUAAUCCCCUUUAUUUAUCUUUAUUAUACUUGAUUUAUACAACAAAUAGUCACCAAAGCGGGUUAUAUAAUAGCAACAGUGUAUAUACUUGUUUAUACGUUUUAUCCAGGGUCAAUUUUCUUAUUGUUUAUGAAAUAAAAUGUAUGUUUAGUUUGUGCGCUUUCUUUUCAGGCGGUGUUUAAGGGCGACCCUGUGGUCCCGGUGCAUUCUGGGACAGUCCUCCCUCUUGUAUCGGGAGGCGCCGCUAAACCGAAACCGUAAAAAAAAAAAAAAAAAAAAAAAAUAGUCUCCAUUGGCUAGAAGUACUGCAGUUUUCCAACCAUGUCUGUUCGGGAGUCUUUUAACCCCGAGAGCUAUGAACUUGAUAAGAGCUUCAGACUGACCCGCUUCACAGAACUGAAGGGAACCGGGUGUAAAGUACCACAGGAUGUCCUUCAGAAACUCUUGGAAUCUCUGCAAGAAAACCAUUUCCAGGAGGACGAGCAGUUUCUUGGCGCAGUUAUGCCCAGACUUGGUAUUGGGAUGGAUACGUGUGUCAUUCCCUUAAGACACGGUGGCCUUUCUCUGGUUCAAACUACAGACUACAUUUAUCCUAUUGUUGAUGAUCCCUACAUGAUGGGUCGUAUUGCCUGUGCCAAUGUACUAAGUGACCUUUAUGCCAUGGGGGUCACGGAAUGUGACAAUAUGUUGAUGCUUCUUGGAAUUAGUAAUAAACUGACAGAUAAGGAAAGAGACAAGGUGAUGCCCUUGAUAAUCCAAGGUUUUAAAGAUGCUGCAGAGGAGGCAGGAACAUCAGUAACUGGUGGACAGACAGUUCUGAACCCCUGGAUUGUACUUGGGGGAGUUGCAACGACUGUCUGCCAGCCCAAUGAGUUCAUCAUGCCAGACAAUGCCGUACCUGGUGACGUGCUUGUACUGACAAAACCUUUAGGAACACAAGUAGCUGUUGCAGUGCACCAAUGGCUUGAUAUUCCUGAAAAAUGGAAUAAAAUAAAGCUGGUCGUAACACAAGAGGAUGUUGAAUUGGCGUACCAGGAGGCCAUGAUGAACAUGGCAAGACUAAAUAGAACAGCUGCUGGGCUUAUGCACACCUUUAAUGCACAUGCGGCCACAGAUAUUACAGGAUUUGGAAUUUUAGGGCAUGCUCAAAACUUGGCCAGACAGCAGAGGAAUGAAGUCUCAUUUGUCAUCCACAACCUUCCUGUAUUGGCGAAGAUGGCCGCCGUGAGCAAAGCUUGUGGAAAUAUGUUUGGUCUUAUGCAUGGCACCUGCCCUGAGACAUCAGGAGGCCUUCUGAUCUGUUUGCCCCGUGAACAGGCAGCACGUUUCUGUGCUGAGAUAAAGUCUCCUAAAUAUGGUGAAGGCCACCAAGCAUGGAUAAUUGGAAUAGUAGAAAAAGGCAACCGCACAGCCAGAAUAAUUGACAAACCACGGAUCAUCGAAGUGGCUCCACAAGUCGCCACCCAAAACGUGAACCCAACUCCUGGUGCCACCUCCUAAUUCAGGAAUAAACAGUGAAUCUAUAGAUAGAUAUAUUCUAGUACCAUCCUAGAGUAUAAAAACUCUUAUGUUAAUUUGUAUCAUGCCUGCCCAGUUGGCCUUAGGGCAGUUCAUGUGCGGGUACAAUUUAAAACAGAAUCAAUCCAUUGCCUUUUUUGUGUUUUUUUUUUUAAUUUUUUCUGUUACAUUAACUGAAGAUGCACCUAAUCUUAAGGCAGCUUCUAAGUUGAGAAUAUUAUUAUCCAAUACUGUUGAUUCAUUUUUGAAUCUUUAUUACCAUGUAUCGUCUAUUGCCGCACAGGCUCUUUUUAAGGUGCUUUCACUUAGCACACAUUAACAACAAGUAGCGUGAUAGCGUUUUUGUUUGUCUGUUCACUAUGUGUACAAUGAAAACCUAGGACUAGUGUACAAGUUUCAGAUGCCUUGAAAGAUUUAAAAUAAUAAAAUAAAGUAAAAUAAAGGAUUGUGUAUUGUCAGAUAACACAAGGAAAUGUAAGUUUAUUGAAAAGGUUGCAUGUUUGAAAGCCUUUGGUUUGUAUUUUUCCCAAAAGUAUAAAAACACUGCAACCUCUAUUUUGUAAAAUAGCACAUUCUGUAAAGCAGUGUAUGUCCUAAAGUGUUAACAUUACAUGGUAAGCACCUUGGUUGAAGGAUAAAUAAUUUCACUAUUCCUAGAGUAUUUCAACACUUACUGUAUUUGUAAUGUAUCUUCUGUGUUUUUAUUUUUUUCUUCCAGCAAGGAACUCUGCUCGUUUUAUCAGCUGUAUAAUGCAGAAAACAUUACAGAUUAAGACUAAUAAGUGGUUACUGUAUUUACCCUUUAUGAAUUAUUAAGUACGCAUUACAUUUGAAAUAUCAGUAACAAUGAAAUGUUCUGUGGUCGGUAGUGUUUAUUAUAUUUUAUACAGUGCUAUGUAGGUUUUUUUUUUUUGGUUCUAUGUUCAUAAAUGCCACAAUUAAUGUUUAGAUUGAUUCUUAGCUGUCUUCCCAUUUUUCUGCACGCACUUGUGUUCUAUGUACAUCCUGCCAACAUUGUAGUGAGAGGUAAAGCUCAAUAAAUACUUAAUUUUUUUUAUUGCUCUUGUGUAAGAGAUGUAGUUGUCUUUUUACUGUAUAUCCCUGAAUUAUUAUAUAAUCCUGUUAAAGUCACAUUUUAGAUUAUUUUGAGGUGGCUAUGCUCUAUCGCAAGAUUAUGUUCAGCUGUUGAAAUGAUAACAAUAUUGUAUUAGUCAUCAUCCUUUACAUCGGAAAACAUCGAUCUGUCACAAUCAUUUAAGUUAUUUAGACUUUCUUUGCAGAACAACACAUACCAGCUUGGUAUGAGAUCACUACUGUUAACAUUCUACAGCAAAACCAACUUCUUAGGGUGUUAAUCUGGCUCUCUUGUGCCUCUUCAAUAAAGGCAGCUUGUUGUUAACCUAUUUACUGCUUUUUCAUUUUCUUUAAUAUUCUAUUACUGUGCUGUAGUGUUGCAUGCAGAGUUUCUAUUGGCUUUUACUAUAUGUGGUGUGUGCCUUGGCAGAAACAGAUAGACAGUUACCAAUGACUAUUUUGUUGUGUUAUCAAUUGAUAAAAUGGUUGUACAUAGGUGAUUAACUAUGGAAGGGGUUGGCUGAGCGAAGUGCUAAUAACCAGCGUUUUCAGAUAUUUCAAGUUGAUAUUGGGCAGACAGUGUCCUAUGUUCUGCACAGUCAUAAAUAUGGAAUCCAGGUGUAAGCAAGUUGGUUAAAAUUAACGUAUUGCAUUUUAACUCAUUUUUGAUAGAAGUGAGGGUUUGUAAAGUCACUUGCAAGGAAAUGAUGUGCUGCCCAUGUGCACAUGCAUGUAUGAAUAAUGGGUAGUCAGUAUUCAAGAAUACAGAUUGGCAAUACAUUUUGGGAAUAAUCUUUAAUCACAGGGACACUAUAUAAUUUUAUUAACUUGUCAUUGCUGUUGAUAUAAUAUCUAAAUGAUUGCUGUAUAUUUUGCUUAUUUUUAUGUCGUUUAAAUUAUAUACUGUUGUAAUCUCACCUUUUAUGUAAUUGUUGUUUCCUUAUGCCACUUGUAUCUCUUAUUGAGCCAUAUUUUGUAUUUUUUAUGAAAAAAAAUAAAAUAAAAAUAGAAAUCCAACAUAACUGAAACUGGUCAGGCCAGCACUCCUGCCUGCAGUACCCCCACCCCACCCCCCCGCCGAGUAGCAGGAGACAAUAGGUU